UAGUGUCAUGUGAUCCCAGCUUUUAAAGCAGAGACCAGGAUAGCUGCACGGGGUGGUGUUUUGCGGAGCUGACAGCUGUGCGGCUGCAGGAUCAUGGCAUUUUCAGGAAAGAGAUUAAGCGGCCUUAUUGCGGCAACUUUCACCCCAGUGACAGAACAUGGUCACCUCAAUCUUCCCAUAAUCCAGCAAUAUGUGGACUAUUUGGUUGAGAAACAGAAUGUGAGGAACAUCUUUGUAAAUGGAACAACAGGAGAAGGGAUGUCACUAAGUGUCCAGGAAAGGAAGCUGGUAGUAGAAGAGUGGGUGAAGCAUGGGAGAGGCAAAAUGGACAAUGUGAUAGUUCAUGUAGGAUGUCUCAGCCUGGAAGACACAAAGGAGCUGGCUGCGCAUGCUGCAUCAUGUGGAGCUGAUGCUAUCGGUGCUGUGAGUCCUUCCUUUAUGAAACCGUCAAAUCAAGAUGGUUUAGUGAGGUACCUGAAAGAAGUGGCUUCUGCUGCCCCUGGUCUACCAUUCUAUUACUAUCACAUACCCCUUCUGACUGGGAUAAAGUAUUUUGUGUAUGACCUGGUGGGCAAGAUGAAGCUGCAAAUCCCAUCCUUCCGCGGAGUGAAGUUUAGCGACGUAAACCUAAUGGACUUUAGUACGUGUGUCAGUGACUUUGAGGAGCUUGAUUUUCUCUAUGGUGUGGAUGAGCAAUUGCUCGGAGCCUUGGCAUUUGGUGCACAUGGUGCUGUUGGAAGCACCUACAAUUACCUGGGUAAAACGACAAAUCAGAUGCUGACUGCUUUUAAGGAAGGCAACUUGCAUGAAGCCCAGAAGAUUCAGAGACGUAUUCAGAAGUUCAUGAUGUGUGUAUUUAAAAAAGGAUGGGGCUUACCUGAAUUUAAGCAGAUAAUGUCAAUAACAUCUGAUUUGAAGCUGGGCCCAGCGCGUCUCCCCUUAGUCUCGUGUCUCGCACCAGAGCAUCAAGAAUGGGUACAAAAAGAACUCCAAGCGUUGAAUCAAGAGUAGUCAUCCUUCCGGCCACCAGAUGGUGAUCGCUGGCAUCAGGCCAGCAGUCUCUGGCAUUUUUUAUUCCUGUAAAGUCGAUAUUAAAACAGUUUCUAUCAUCCUUAAACCUACAUGUAGAAAACCUUUUCAAUCUGUUCUCCGUUUUAAUGUUAUCUGAUUACUCCCCUCUAACUGUUCUCUAUAAACCUACAUUUGCCAUCUCUUUGAAAACACAGAACUUGCCAUAAAUGGGACAGCAAUGUAUCUUAAAAAAAAAUGUAAGCAAGCAUAGCUGGCAAGAGAUUUUUAAAAAGUAAGGUUUUAGGAAACGUUCUAAAGGGCCAACCCCAGUAAGCUACAAUAAAACAGGCGUUGGCACUAAAUAACAGUUAACGAGACAAUUUCAACUCGGAUCAUUUUUUUUAAGAUGGUCAUAAGUUUCCAAUCAAACACUUUGCUAUUCAAUUACCUUUAUUACAAACCUGUUUUUUUUUAUGUAGGACAAAAAAAAACUUGACAAAUGAGUUUUGCCACUUUCUAUGGUUUUAUUGUGCAAUUUUUUGUUCUGAUUGUUACAUUCCACAUUGCGUUGAGCAAAAAGGCUUUUAUAAACUGGCUCAAUCAGUUUUCCCUUUUUAAACAUGCAACACCUUUUAUAAAUUACCCAGACUGCUUGUCAACCUCAAAAACUAUAGGUUUUUAUAUAUAAAAGUUGUAUUCCAACAUGGGAUACAAUGUCCAGUAUUUCAACUAAUACGUCUUCGGUGACAUAUUGAAAGUUAACCUUAAGUAGAAGGUUGGGAAAGACUUUAAUAAAUAAGCUAAUGUUUUAAAGAAAAAAACGUGGAUGUCUUUAUAUUUUUGAAGGGCUUAAAAAUUUGAUGGCUGCAACCUGUCUUGAUUCAGUCAUAUGUGGCUACUUGAUAAAGAUUGUUUAUACUAUGAGAUUAAUUAUAAUGUUGCAGAUCUUUGCAACAUGGUAGGGAACAAUAAAGAAAUAAUUGUGUAU